CAAGAAGACGGUGGCUAGUAGAUUAUAGAAUAGGUUAUAGGUUAUUUAUAUUACAUUCAUAUAUAUUUUCCAUAUAUUUUCAAAACUAACUUUUAGCUCUUGGGUACUUUAAUGACAGAUAAUGAAUAGCUGAUUUAUCCCUUUUAGAUUUCUGCUUCAAUAUAGUAACAAUUUUAUAGAAUAAGUAUUGUGACACAUUCUUAUUUCUUAAGGAGGAUUUUUUCCUUUGCAAAUCGUAUAACAAAAUAUGUUAGCUUUUACAAGAAAUAUUGAGGUGGGACUAUCCAAACAUUUUGAAAAAUCUGUUGUUUGCUGGUACUCAAAUCUUGCAAACGCAGAAGUUGAUAGAAAAGAUGAGUUUCGAGUGUUGAACCUGAAAAAUGUUAAAGGACAAAUUCAGCAGAGAAAGCCUCGGAAGCAAUUACGUGUAUUGCCUCCAAGAACAAAUCAGAUGCCUGUAGAUCAGGACUGGGGUAAUGUAUGGCCUGGCCCGCGAUCAUUUCACCCUGCAACAGUACCUCUGCCAGUUCGUCAAGGCUAUGUUGAAAAAGGGGCCCCGCCAGACAAGUUCGCCAAUGCUGAGUUGAUAAAAAUACCAAAUUUCCUCCAUCUAACACCACCAGUGAUAAAAAGACAGUGUGAAGCUUUGAAAAAGUUCUGUACUCCCUGGCCAAAAGCUCUUAAUAACGAGGAGACUUGCCAGAAACAUUUUCCAAUCGAGGUCAUUUCUAGUGAUUAUUGUCAUUCGUCCCCGUCAAUAAGAGAUCCACUGUCACGAAUUGUAACUGUGAGAUUUAAAUUGUCGUCCUUGAAGUUGAAUGCCAGAGCAAAAGAUAAGUUCUUGAGGCUGAUUGGUGAAAGGUAUAACGAAGAAAACGAUACCGUUACUAUAGUUACGGACAGGUGUCCACUGAAAAAGCAGAAUUAUGAUUAUGCCAUGUACCUGAUAACGGCUCUUUACCACGAAUCUUGGAAAGUUGAACCUUGGGAAAAAUUGAAGUCGGAAGCUGAUAUGGAACAUUAUGAUUGGGAAAAAAGUAAAUCCAAGACUAAUGUAGAAGCAAUAUUUGGUCAACCUGCCGAGAAAAUCGAGAAUAUUGAAGAGUACUCAGAAGCAGUAAAUAAAUUGAUGAAUGAAGGUGAAAGUGAAUAUGCAUGGGCUAGAUAUAACGAAGUUGUCAGAAAGUUAUUGAAAUUGCCAGCUGCACCUUCCUAAUUGUAACUAGAACUGAAUUAUUGUAAAUCAUGAAGCAUUUAUUAAAGGAAAAAACCUGCUCAA